AUGGCUUCUAAAAUGGGAUCUACGAUUCUGAAAUGGGGAUUAUCAAAUACAGAGAAAGAAAGCUCCGAAAAAUCAUGUAUUGCCCUUGCAACUUCGAGAAUCCACGGUUGUAGCUGUGAUCCAAAUUUUAAUGGGCUAACUCUAAAAGUUGGCAUGAAGUCUACUCCUUUUGCUCUGAGCUGUUUCCUAGGAAGAAGAGCUGGGUGGAAAAUAGCUUUUGCCUUGAACACAGGUGGAGUGUCUGGAAAUGGUGACCAACAAAGCUUCAACGAAGCCAGUUCCAAUCUUGGUGGUACUCGAUUGGGUAGGAUACUGACAGCAGGUGGCAGACAACUUCUAGAAAAGCUGAACUCAGCUAGAAAGAACUUCCCUUUGAAAUUAUUCCUACUACUUUUGGGUUUCUACACGGCAAAUGCACUAGCUACAAUCCUUGGGCAAACUGGUGAUUGGGAUGUUCUGGUUGCUGGUGUUGUGGUGGCUGCAAUUGAGGGAAUUGGCAUGCUGAUAUAUAGAAAGCCUGCCACUGUGAGCGCCGGGAGGUUGCAUUCUUUUCUAGUGAUGAUGAACUACUGGAAAGCUGGCAUAUGUUUGGGUCUCUUUGUUGAUGCUUUUAAGUUGGGCAGCUAA